AUGAUGAAUCGGAAAGACUCGUCCGAACGCUUGAAAAGUUUAAAUUGGAGUAAAGAAUUGACGCAAAAGGAGUGCAGUUUCACGAGGGCUACCAUCAAGACGUUCGGCCCUAAAAUGAUUUUCCCAUUUCUUCUCAUACUAUUUGGCGAAUGUGGCUUAAAGAUAGCUCAACCGCUGUUUCUCGGGUAUGUGAUCCGGUAUUUCGCAGACCCUGACCAUUACGACUACCACACGGCGUGCUGGUACGCGCUGGGCGUAGUAGGUGUCACAUUUCUACACGUGUCCACCUACCACCCUGCUGCUGUAUUCUCGUGUAGAGUGGCCACAAAGGCACGGGUAGCAUGGUGCACCCUUAUGUACAAAAAGGCAUUGCGAUUAAAGCACUCGGCGUUUAAACAGACAACUAUCGGACAGAUAUUAAACUUAAUGUCCAACGAUGUGAGCAAAUUUGACGAGUUUUGUAUAUCAGGCUCCUACAUAAUUGUGGCGCCCAUACAAACUGUGAUUGGUGUCUAUAUUUGCUACAUAUACGUGGGGUGGACGUGUUUUAUAGGGCUGGCUAUUUUAUUUUGCUUUAUUCCGUUCAAUAGCGUU